AAAGUGAGGAGGAUCUGCUGGCCCUGGCCGCGUCGCGACUGAGCCGCCGCAAGCGCGUGGCGGGAGCGGCCGUCGGGGUGGCCAUGGUGCUAUUGCUGCUGGUGGCCAUCCCGCUGCUGGUGCACAGUUCCCGCGGGCCGGCACACUAUGAAAUGCUGGGUCGCUGCCGAAUGGUAUGUGACCCGCACGCUCCGCGAGGCCCGGGCCCCGACAGUGCGCCCGCUUCAGUGCCCCCGUUCCCCCCAGGUGCCAAGGGAGAGGUAGGCCGGCGCGGGAAGGCAGGCCUGCGGGGGCCUCCGGGACCUCCAGGUCCCAGAGGACCCCCGGGAGAGCCAGGUAGGCCAGGUCCCCCAGGUCCUCCCGGUCCAGGCCCAGGAGGGGCAGCCCCCCCUGCUGGCUACGUUCCUCGAAUUGCUUUCUACGCUGGCUUGCGGAGGCCUCACGAGGGUUAUGAGGUGCUGCGCUUUGACGACGUGGUGACCAACGUGGGCAACGCUUACGAGGCAGCCAGCGGCAAGUUCACCUGUCCCAUGCCGGGCGUCUACUUCUUCGCUUACCAUGUGCUUAUGCGCGGCGGCGAUGGCACCAGCAUGUGGGCAGAUUUGAUGAAAAACGGACAGGUUCGGGCCAGCGCCAUUGCUCAGGACGCGGACCAGAACUACGACUAUGCCAGUAACAGCGUCAUUCUGCACCUGGAUGUAGGCGACGAGGUCUUCAUCAAGCUGGACGGUGGGAAGGUGCAUGGAGGCAACACCAACAAGUACAGCACCUUCUCGGGUUUCAUCAUCUACCCGGACUGAGCGGACACCUUCGCCCGUGCCCCUCUUGCCCCUUGGCUCCCAUCCUCACCCACCU